AUGUCAGCAAAAACAACAAAAGGUCCCGGCGGCAAGAAGCCAGCCUCUGCAGCCACAAACCUCGUCGCUGGCGGAGGAGCAGGCAUGAUGGAAGCUCUCGUCUGCCAUCCCCUCGACACAAUAAAAGUCCGCAUGCAACUCUCAAAAAGAUCUCAACGUGGUGGCUCCCGUCGCGGCUUCAUUCAGACCGGUGUCUCGAUCGUAAAACGCGAAACCCCUCUCGCCUUGUACAAAGGUCUCGGUGCCGUCCUCACGGGUAUCGUGCCCAAGAUGGCCAUUCGCUUCACCUCCUACGAAUGGUACAAGCAAGCUCUCGCCUCCCCCACAGGAGAAAUCACCUCCAAAGCUACCUUCUUGGCUGGUCUAGCAGCAGGAGUCACAGAAGCCGUUGCCGUCGUCACCCCCAUGGAAGUCGUCAAGAUUAGAUUGCAGGCUCAGCACCACAGUAUGGCUGAUCCCUUGGACAUUCCGAAAUACAGAAACGCUGCUCAUGCUUUGUAUACUGUUGUCAAGGAGGAGGGUGUGGGUGCUUUGUACAGAGGUGUGUCGCUUACGGCACUCAGACAGGGAACCAAUCAGGCUGCCAACUUUACCGCGUACACCGAGCUCAAGGCUUGGUUGCAGGAGAGAUCUGGAUCUCCCAACGCUGCCUUGCCGGGAUGGCAGACUGCGUUUAUUGGAUUGAUUUCUGGUGCUGUUGGUCCUUUCAGCAAUGCGCCAAUUGAUACCAUCAAGACGAGAUUACAGAGGAACCCUGCUCAGCCUGGCGAGACUGCCGUGGGCAGAAUCGUCACCAUUGGCAGCCAGAUGUGGAAGCAAGAGGGUAUUAGAGCGUUCUGGAUGGGCAUCACACCUCGUGUUAUGCGUGUCGCUCCCGGUCAAGCCGUCACAUUCGCCGUGUACGAGUACUUGAAAGAGAUCAUGGAAAGAGGAAGAGAGAUGAAGCCGGGCGGCAGUUACGAAGAGUAG